AUGGAGGGCGCGAUGGCAGCGCGGGGGACGGCGGCGCAUACGGCAGCAGCCCGGGCCGCGGCCGGGCAGCAGGCGGGCGAGGGCGGCGUGGCGGCGGGCCUGGGCCCCGGCGGCUUUCUCGGCCUCCCGGCCCCUUUCGGCGCCGAAGAUGAGGACGAUGUGCAUCGCUGCGGCCGCUGCCAGGCUGAGUUCACUGCCCUGGAGGAGUUUGUGCAGCAUAAGCUGCAGAAGAGUUGCCAGCGGGUCCCACAGGAGAGCACAGGGGGCAUCCUGCCCGAUGGCCAGCAGGUGCCAGCGGCAACAGUGCCUGAGGAGCCCCUCACUAUGGCCCACAUCGUGGUGGAGGCGCCCGACAUCGUGGGUAGUGGGCACAUCCGAGAGGUCAUUGUGGGGCCCGAGGUGGAGCCGGGGGAUAGAGAGCUGCCAGAGACUGUGGUUAGCCCCAACCACCAGGGGCCUGAACUGGCCCCAAGCUGUGAGCCAGCGCCUGUGCGGCUGCUGGUGAAUGAGGAUGGCCGCUAUGUGUGUGCACUCUGCCACAAGACCUUCAAGACGGGUAGCAUCCUAAAGGCACACAUGACCACUCAUAGCAGCCGCAAGGACCAUGAGUGCAAGCUGUGUGGGGCCUGCUUCCGCACCAAGGGCUCGCUCAUCCGCCACCACCGGCGCCACACGGAUGAGCGUCCCUACAAGUGUGCUAAAUGUGGGAAGAGCUUCCGGGAGUCGGGGGCGCUGACGAGGCACCUCAAGUCCCUCACUCCCUGCACAGAGAAGAUCCGCUUCGGGCUGCCCAAGGAUGGGGCCAGUGGCACUGAGGAGGUGCCCACAGGGCCCAGUGCCUCCCCAGUGGGUCCCGUCCCCUCAUCGUCAGUGACUGGAGAGCCUGUGGACACUUCGCCUGUGAUCCACCUGGUAACGGACGCCAAGGGCACUGUCAUCCACGAAGUCCACGUCCAGAUGCAGGAGCUGCCACUGGGCAUAAAGGGCCUUGGCCCGGAGUCUUCAGGCCCAGAGGAGCUCGGCUGUGCUGGGGAAAGUGGCCAUGAGAACCUGCUGCGACAGGCCAUGCAGAACUCUGGCAUCGUCCUGGAGCGGGGCGCAGCUGACGCCCUCACGCCUGCCGUCUCCCAUCCCCCGGGUGCCCCCGAAUUGCCGCUGCUGGGUGUGGAACAAGUGGACGUGCAGGUGGCCAGCGAGGUCUCGGAGGUGCCCAGGACCCACCCGUGCCCGCAGUGCAGCGAGACGUUUCCAUCGGCAGCCACGCUGGAGGCUCACAAAAAGGGCCAUGCAGGAGCCAGGCUGUUCCCGUGUGUGCAGUGUGGCAAGGCCUUCCCCAAGGCCUACCUGCUCAAGAAGCACCAGGAGGCACACGUGCAUGAGCGCCGCUUCCGCUGCGGGGACUGCGGGAAGCUCUACAAGACCAUCGCACACGUCCGUGGCCAUCGGCGGGUGCACUCGGACGAGCGGCCCUACCCGUGUCCCGAGUGCGGCAAGCGCUACAAGACCAAGAACGCGCAGCAGGUGCACUUCCGGACGCACCUGGAGGAAAAGCCACACGUGUGUCCGUUCUGCAGCCGCGGCUUCCGGGAGAAGGGCUCACUCGUGCGCCAUGUGCGCCAUCACACGGGCGAGAAACCCUUCAAGUGCUACAAGUGUGGCCGGGGCUUCGCUGAGCAUGGCACUCUCAACCGGCACCUGCGAACCAAAGGGGGCUGUCUGCUAGAGGUGGAGGAGCUGGUGGUAGCUGACGAGAGUCCCUCGGCUACGGCUGUGCUGUCCGAGGACCCACACACGGUGCUGGUGGAGUUCUCGUCCGUGGUAGCCGAUACGCAGGAGUAUAUCAUCGAGGCCACCUCGGACGACGCGGAGACAAGUGAGGCGGCUGAGCUGCUGGAGGGCGCGGCACCUGAAGUGGACAGCCACAUCAUGAAGGUGGUGCGGCAGCUUGUUCACCAGGCAGGCGCGGGCCACCAGAUUAUCGUGCAGAACGUCACUGUGGACCAGGAGGCGGAGCUGGGCCCGGAGGCCCGCACAGCAGACACCAUCACCAUCGCCACCCCUGAGAGCCUGACGGAACAGGUGGCCAUGACCCUAGCCUCAGCCAUCAGCGAGGGCACGGUGCUCACGGCCCGGGCAGGCUCCAGCACGGCUGAGCCGGCCACUGUGACCAUGGUUUCCUCGGAGGAUAUAGAGAUCUUGGAACACGCGGGCGAGCUGGUCAUCGCCUCCCCCGAGGGACAGCUCGAGGUGCAGACGGUCAUCGUCUAGCAGGAUAGCUGCGGGGUCGGUCGGGGGCAGGACCCCAAGAAUCAGGCCCAGACUUUGGGCGAGUGUAUAUACACAGGGAGGGUAAGCGGUGCCCGGGCUUCUCCGGCAUGGCAACAACAGAAACCGGGUUUGGUUGUUUUACAAUAAAACCUGAAAACCC